CGUCCGUGCAGAGUGGCUCACAGUUCUGCACAGAUUGAGCUUUCUGUAUUAUCUGAACUAAACAUUAAAGUGUCGGCAAACUGCAAGCACAUGCAUUUUGCUUUAUGCAGAUCACGCACUUUAUGUGUACGUGUGUGUGCUGUCAGUUUCUUGCGUGUGUGUGCCCUGAAAACAACUGUAAACAUGCCCAAAAGAGCCAAGAAGAACGAGGAAGGUGUUGAUGGAGAGGCUGACAAUGGAACUGCUGCAAAGAAAGAGAAAAAGGGGAAGGAGCCCGAGGCCCCCAUUCUGUAUGAAGAUCCUCCAGAAAAGCUGACCAGUAAGGACGGCCGUGCAGCCAAUAUGAAGAUCACCUCCUGGAAUGUGGACGGCCUGCGGGCGUGGGUCAAAAAGAACGGACUUGAUUGGGUGCGGAAGGAGGAUCCAGACAUCCUGUGUCUGCAGGAAACCAAGUGUGCUGAGAAAGCUCUGCCGGCGGACAUCACUGGCAUGCCUGAGUAUCCACACAAAUACUGGGCAGGAUCAGAGGAAAAGGAGGGCUACAGUGGAGUGGCCAUGCUCUGCAAGACUGAACCCCUCAGUGUCACCUAUGGCAUUGGUAAAGAGGAGCAUGAUAAAGAGGGCCGGGUCAUCACUGCAGAGUUUCCUAAUUUCUUUCUGGUCACGGCGUAUGUGCCCAAUGCCAGUCGUGGUUUAGUGCGGCUUGACUACCGCAAGACCUGGGAUGUGGAUUUCCGAGCCUACCUGAGCGGCUUAGAUGCACGCAAACCCCUGGUGCUGUGUGGAGAUCUGAACGUGGCCCACCAGGAGAUCGAUCUGAAAAACCCCAAAGGAAACCGCAAGAAUGCAGGCUUCACCCCUGAGGAACGGGAGGGCUUCACACAACUCCUGGAGGCCGGCUUUACCGAUAGUUUUCGGGAGCUGUAUCCAGAUCAGGCCUACGCAUACACCUUCUGGACCUACAUGAUGAACGCCCGCGCCAAAAACGUGGGUUGGCGUUUGGACUACUUUGUGCUGUCGUCAGCUUUGCUGCCUGGUUUAUGCGACAGCAAGAUCCGAAACACGGCCAUGGGAAGUGACCACUGUCCUAUUACCUUGUUUUUGGCAGUGUAAGUCAGGUUGUUUUUUUCCGUCAGGGAUAUGAAUAUAUUUAGUUCCUUUUAAAAGAGUCCCUGGUUCACUUUUUACUUCAUGCAUAGAUACACACACACAAAAACUAGCUCUGUUAGUCUUAGAUUAGCAUUUCCUUUCUUAGAAUAAAAACAAAUACAAGUAAAACACAAAGUAUCUUCAUAAAACAAAUACAAGUGCAAAUUUAGGCAUCUGAUUGGUGCAGACACACUGAAGGGAGUCACGGUGGAUCAUCAAAUCAUUUUACACCAUAUGCAAAGUAUGCUAAACAUUAAAAAUAUGAAAUCUUCAUAAAUGCAGGCUCUCGUCCCACUUUUUAUUGUUAAAUAACAAGUGUGUGUGUGUGUGUGUA